UGCAUUCAAAAGUCAAAAUAAAUAGUUUAAUUUAACUUAAAAUUUCCAGAUAAUGAGCCACCAGUGUUUCUCAACUGUCCUAACAACCGAACUGUUUCAACGGAUCACAGAAUGUCCACGUCAACAGUCAAUUGGGACGAGCUUGUAAUCACAGAUAAUUCUGGAGAGCCGACUACCGUGCACCACUCACAUCUGACAGGCAACGAUUUUAACAUAGGUUACCAUACUGUAAACAUCACUGCCGUAGACUCAUCAUGGAACUCUGUAACUUGUAUUUUUAAUGUUUUAGUCAAAGAUACUGAGGCUCCUGUGUUCCACAACUGUCCCACGGACAUUUUCCUCGAGACGCUGUAUAGGUCUCCCUUCAACAUCGGAUACUGGGAUGAUAUCGAAAUAAGCGACAAUUCUGGCUUAGUAUCAAAUGUUACCACGAAUUAUGAGUCGGGAGACGUAUUCUAUCUUGGCCAAUCACCUGUUGUUUACAGCGCUACUGACGCUGCUUCUAAUAUGGAAAACUGCUCAUUCACUGUUGCAGUGCUUGAUACUGAGAACCCCUAUUUCACUUUCUGCCCUCCGGAUAUUUUGAUCAAUACUGAGGACGGGGUAAAUACUGCAAUGGUAAAUUGGAAUCAUCCCAACGCAUCUGAUAAUUCUCAAAUCGAGCCUGUCAUCUCCUCGGAUUAUAAUUCUGGAGAUAUAUUUCAGGCACACAUAACUACAGUUACAUACAAAGCGAGAGACGAUGCGGGAAAUAUUGGUAUAUGUCAGUUCCAAGUAGAUGUAAUCGACAAUGAACCUCCGUAUUUCAUCAAUAUGACUGGUGACAUAGAGAUUUUCAUUGAUGCCACCAAGAUGAACACAUCUGUAUCAUGGAAGGAACCUCUGGCUUCUGAUAAUUCUUUGAUCGAGCCAACAAUUUCAUCAACACACACAUCUGGAGACAUUUUUAGUAUUGGAGUUACUAGGGUUGUUUAUACUGCAGUAGACCAACUUGGAAACGAGAGAAGUUUCACAUUUUCUGUGAAUAUUCGCGUGGCAUUUGCUAAUUUAGAAUCGUUG